CAACUCCCUUGAUUCAGAUGCAUUCACAAAAGAUGGAUUGGUUGAGCAGAUAAGUAUGACAUGGGAUCGUUCAGACUAUCUGUGGUACACGACAUAUGUCAACAUAGGGCAGGAUGAACAAUUUCUGAAAAAUGGCAAGUAUCCGAUCCUUAGUGUGCUAUCAGCUGGUCAUGCUAUGCAUAUUUUCAUCAAUGGACAACCAGCAGGGAAUGUUUAUGGUGGUCUAGACAAUCCAAAACUGACAUAUAGUGGAAACGUUAAGUUAUGGGCAGGCAGCAACAAGAUCUCCAUUCUAAGUGUCGCUGUUGGGCUCCCUAAUGUUGGGAACCAUUUUGAGACAUGGAAUGCUGGUGUUCUUGGGCCGGUAACCCUGGACGGUCUUAAUGAGGGAAAGAGAGAUCUUUCAAGGCAGAAAUGGACUUACCAGGUUGGUUUGAAAGGAGAAGCUCUGAGCCUUCACUCACUUAGUGGAAGUUCUUCUGUUGAAUGGGGAGAGGGAUCUAAAGGGCAGCCCUUAACAUGGUACAAGACUGUCUUCAAUGCACCAGCUGGGAAUGAGCCAUUGGCUUUAGAUAUGAAUAGCAUGGGAAAAGGUCAAAUAUGGAUUAACGGAGAGAGCAUCGGUCGAUACUGGCCAGGCUACAAGGCAUAUGGUUCUUGUGGUGGUUGUGAUUACCGUGGAACAUACAACGAGAAAAAAUGUCAAACCAAUUGUGGGGAGUCCUCUCAAAGAUGGUAUCAUGUCCCUCGCUCCUGGCUAAACCCAACUGGAAACCUGUUGGUUGUGUUUGAAGAGUGGGGUGGUGACCCAACUGGAAUUUCUAUGGUAAAAAGAAAAGUUGGAAGUGUUGGUGCGGAACUUUCUGAAUGGCAGCCUUCACUUAAUAACUGGAAUACCAAAGCCUAUGGUAGACCAAAAGCACAAUUAUCUUGUCCUCCUGGACAGAAGAUGACAAACAUAAAUUUUGCUAGCUUUGGCACUCCACAAGGAGUGCACGGAAGUUUCUCAGAAGGCACCUGUCAUGCCUCCCAUUCAUAUGAUGCUUUCAAGAAGAACUGUGUUGGCCAGCAAUGGUGCUCAGUCACUGUCUCUUCAGAAAUGUUUGGAGGAGACCCAUGCCCCGGCACUAUGAAGAAGCUUGCGGUCGAGGCUGUCUGUGAAUAAUUGCCCACAGAAGUAUCGAUUAAGUUAAAACAAAGGAGAUGAGGCCAUAUUCUUCUUUGUUAUAUAUAUACCUUACAUACAGAAUUAAUAGAGUUUCAUUGCAAGUGUGGACAGUUAAAAUCUGGAGGCUGUUACCUUUGGUUAUUGGCAGAGUUGCAGGAACUGCGGCACUGACCAGCAAGGGACUGCCUAAUUAAGUUGGAGAAGAAAAUAUUCAUGUACAUAGGCCAGAUGUUAGAUAUGGUUUGUCAACAAUAUAGAAAAAGAUUGGAGGUGCUAAAGCUUCGAGUGCACAUGUGACUCUGCGUAUAUUGAGUCCAUCUGCAUGCUGAAGCGAUUAAAGCUAAAGGUCAGACUGUUGUUUGCAAGGGAUUGGAUCAUCAUUAUCUGAGCAAUAAGCCAGUUCAAAGUGCUUGGCUGGACUGGUGUCUUUUAUUCUUCUAAGAACAAAUGAUUGUGUUAUGCUUCCAAUUGUUGAAGUCUGUAAGCAUUUUGAUUCAUAAUAAAAAUUGUGGUUGUUCCA